ACCAAACAGGCUGUAUAUUACACUCAGAAGAACCCCAAGUAAAGGUACUAAUAACAAGCAACGCGCCAUCACUCGAACUACCCGGCUAGAUGAAGUCAAGCAACCGCGAAGAGCCGCCGGCAGCGGAGAACUCACGUGCCACCAAACGGAAGCAUUCUCUAAAGUCAAAACAAUUUGACAGAGGAAAUAAACACGCCAAGAGGCAAAGAUUAACGGUCUCAGAAACCUUAACGAUCUCAGAGACCGAAACCCAAACAACAUUUACCCUGAAACCCGACCCGUCUCGAAACCCGCCCACUUCUAAUCGGUUUGAACCGAUUCGUUCUUCUCGAAAGCGAAAUAAAACGCGGAAGAGGAGGAAGUCGAGUGCUACUGAUGAAUGCCACCGCCAGUGGACCUUCUCUUCCCGAGAUUUUUCUAAUUUUAAAGAUAAAUUUGUGGUAGUUUCAUAUAAUAUACUUGGAGUUGAAAAUGCAUUGAAGCAUCCAGACUUGUAUAUGGAUGUGCCGCCCGAAUUCUUGGAGUGGGAGAGGCGGAAAAGGCUCAUACGUGAAGAGAUUAAACGUUACAAUGCAAGCAUAUUGUGUUUUCAGGAGGUUGACCGUUUUGAUGAUCUAGAUUAUCUUCUUCGGAAAGAUGGCUUCAAGGGUGUUUAUAAGGCUCGUACCGGUGAUGCACGUGAUGGGUGUGCUAUAUUCUGGAAAGACAAACUAUUUACCCUUUUACAUCAAGAAAAUGUUGAGUUCCAGAAGUUUGGCCUCCGUCACAAUGUUGCUCAAUUUUGUGUUUUAAAGAUGAAACAAAAUUUACCAGAGCCUGAAAUAUGUGAGCAAACAUCAGUGACAACACUGUCCCGAAGUCAAAGCUUAGUGGUUGGAAAUACACAUGUACUCUUUAAUCCGAACCGUGGAGACAUCAAACUAGGCCAGGUUCGGCUGUAUCUUGAGAAGGCUUACAAGCUUUCACAAGAGUGGAGUAAGAUUCCUGUUCUACUUGCUGGGGACUUAAACAGUAGUCCACAGAGUGCAAUUUAUCAGUUUCUGGCUUCCUCUAAGUUGGAUGUUCAACAACAUGAUCGUAGAUAUAUGUCCAGGCAGGUUGAGUUUUCUUCAAACUGCAGAGACUUUAAGUUUCAGAAUGGGUGUAGAAACCGUGGUUGGAUGUCUAUCUCAAGACCGUUGAUAUAUGGAUGGAGUGAUGAAGAACUAAGACUUGCAACUGGCAGUAAGCAAGUCACACAACUUCAGCACCAAUUAAAGCUCCACAGUGCAUAUUUUGGGAUUCCCGGAAGUCGUAAGACAAGAGACAAUAAUGGAGAACCAUUGGCUACAUCAUACCACAGCAAGUUUAUGGGAACUGUUGACUAUAUAUGGCAUACAGAGGAACUUCUUCCUGUAAGGGUUCUUGAAACCUUACCCAUUGACAUUUUGAAAGGAAGUGCAGGACUCCCAUGUGAGUUUUUGCAGGAAAUAAUUUUUUUUCAGAAGUUAAAAUGUGAUUUGGGAAAAAUAGAGGAGGUUAGCAGUUCAGAAGAGACAGGUUGAUGGUAGAAGAGUUGUCUUAACUCCAAGAGUUACAAAAAACAGUUGACUUUUUGACUGAUUUUGUAGUUGACUAAAGCAGAGCAUGCAGGCUUCUUAUUAUUUUAGAACUGUGAAAUAUAAGCAUAAAUGUCUCAAAUAUGGGUUAUCUAAAGAUUCUGUAGUUGACUAACUCAGAGCAUAUGAUGCAGCCUUUGUUUUAGUAUUUUAAAAUCAAGAAGUAUAAGCAGAAUCCCAAACAUGGUUUCUCUAAGGGUUGAAAUUACCUAUUCAAAUGUUUUU